AUGACGCAGCCCUCCAUGAUAACUGAGGUGACUAACAGUGCACCAGACCCACUGCCCCAGUACAAGCCGCGAAUGAACAACAUCCUUACUUCUGCCACCGAACCCUAUGAUCUGUCUUUCUCCCGGUCCUUCCAGAACCUCUCUCACCUCCCACCAUCCUACGAGUCUGCUGUCAAGACAAACCCAACUGACAAAGAGGCUGAUGAAUACUACAUGAGGAGGAGACACCUGCCCGACCUGGCAGCCCGGGGCACGCUCCCUAUCAACGUCAUCAAAAUGUCUCAGCAGACCAACCACAGGGACAGGCCUCGCCGUCCCAUCAGGGCCAUGUCCCAGGACAGAGUGCUGUCUCCUGAGAGGAUCAUGCCCGAGGAGUUUAGCAUGUCCUAUGAACGGAUCCUCUCAGAUGAGCAGCUUCUGUCUGCAGAGCGCCUCCACUCCCAAGACCCCCUGCUCUCCCCGGAGCGGUCGGGGUACCCCGAGCAGUCUAUGUCACGGGCAUUGUCACACACAGAUGUCUUUGUAUCAACACCCGUCUUGGAUCGCUACAGGAUGACAAAAAUGCACUCCCAUCCUAGUGCCUCAAAUAACUUGUACAAUACCUUAGGUAUGAACCCAACCUCCGCCAAGCGCCAAGCAUUCGCCUCCCGACGGCACAACACAGUAGAACAACUGCAUUACAUUCCCGGACACCACCAUCACUACCGCACAGCGAGCAAAACAGAGGUGACUGUUUGA